AUGUUAUCAAUCUUAGUCUUAUGUUUUGCCUCUUUUUUAAUGGGAGCCUUAUUUGGCUUACUUGUGCAAAUUAUAAUUUAUUUUUACAAGCGAAAAACUGCGGAGGAAGGCCAAUUUCCAGAUGUUAAUGAGGAAACAAAAAUGCUCAUUAAAGAGUGGGGCAAGGUCAUUACAAACAAGUACAAGGAUAUAGAGAAAGACUAUAAUUUAAAUGAAGAAAUGUUUUGUAAUGAACCUUUACUUGUAAUUGAUUAUGAUCAAUUUGGUCUUGAAAGACGAAAGAUUACGGAUUCUCAUGUAGCUAAAACAAUCAUAACUACUCCAGGAUAUACAGAUAAUGAUCUAAUUUCCGUUAAUUUACGACUUCAAUCAAAUUCGGUUUUUAUUUUCAAUAAUUCCAAAUUACUUGAUGAUGCAGUUUCUCGAUUAUUUCAAAACUAUCAUAACUUGAUUGUAAGAUUUCAUUACCCUUCUAUUGGACGAGUGUAUGAUAUAAGGUUUCGAAUGAAUGGCACAUUUGUAACUUGUGAACGUUUUAAUAUCUUUGAUUAAUAUCAUUUGGUAUGCAACAGUUUUUUAUUAUCUAUUUUAUAUUUCUGCAUUAAUCGUAAUAUUACUUAUUUAUUUAUUAGAA